GUGUGGGCGGAGUCAGUGGUCUUUACCGUCUCGGUCGGACCAAAACAUCCGGGCCAGGACCAGGACCAGAUCCGGGACCUGAACCAGGACGGGAACACGUUCGCAGCCACCCAGAAGCCGGGCUCAGCAGCUCCGUCAGCCGGUACCAUGUCUGCAGGCCCCGGGAGCCGCAACACGGAACCGUGGGGCAGCUUCGACGACAACCUCAUCCAGGGCAGCGGCUCUGCGGUCAUCGACAUGGAGAACAUGGACGACACGUCGGGCUCCAGCUUCGAGGACGUUGGAGAGAUGCACCAGAGGAUGACGGAGGAGGAGGAGGAGGUGAACGCGGAGGCGGCCGGCGGCGAGGACGAAGGCGUGGAGGACGGGGAGUUUCUGGGCAUGAAGGGGUUAAAGGGUCAGCUGGGCCGGCAGGUGGCCGACGAGGUGUGGCAGGCUGGGAAGCUUCAGGCCUCCAAAGCGUUCAGUCUCUACGCCAACAUCGACAUUUUACGGCCGUACUUCGAUGUGGAGCCGCUGCAGGUCCGCAGCAGACUUAUGGAGUCCAUGAUUCCUGUACGCAUGAUCAACUUUCCUCAGAAAGUAGCUGGGGAGCUGUACGGUCCUCUCAUGCUCGUCUUCACUUUGGUUGCAAUUCUGCUGCACGGCAUGAAAACAUCUGGGACUGUGAUUAGGGAGGGUACUCUGAUGGGAACGGCCAUCGGGACGUGUUUCGGCUACUGGCUCGGCGUCUCCUCCUUCAUUUACUUCCUGUCGUACCUGGUGAACGCUCAGAUCACCAUGCUGCAGAUGCUCUCCUUGCUGGGUUACGGUCUGUUUGGACACUGCGUGGUGCUGCUGGUCACCUACAACCUGCACUUCCACUUCCUGUUCUACGUGCUGUGGCUGCUGCUGGGCGGUCUGUCCACGCUGCGCAUGGUAGCCGUCCUGCUGUCUCGGACUGUAGGACAGACUCCUCGUCUCCUCCUGUGUGGAACUCUGACUGUGCUGCACAUGAGCUUCCUGCUUUACCUCCACUUCAACUACCACCAGAUCGUGGAAGGUCUUCUUGAUUCUUUGGAAGGACCCAAUCUCUCACCAAUCCAGCGGGUAGCCAGAGACGUGCCCGAGGUCACGCUCAACGCCACAGUGAGGAAUCUGGGGACCCUGCUGAGGGCCCAGUGAGGGGCCUCACAGUUUGUCCGGUUGUUUAGGGGUACACCGAGGUGUGGGGAGUGGUGCGUCGGGGACUUUGUAUCAACUGCUUGUUUGUGCGUCAAUGAUUCAUUUAUGUCGGUUGUGAUUAUUUUGUACAAAGACAGAAAUAAAAUUGAUCAACUUCA